AUGCGCGAGGGACCCAAUGUUGAGUUGCGUUUUCUCAUUUCCACCAAGACCGCCGGUCUUAUUAUCGGAAAGCGUGGGGAGAACAUAAAGAAGCUUCGUGACGAGUACCCUGUCACCAUUAAUAUCCCUGAUAGCAACGGACCCGAAAGGAUUCUCAUUUUAGAUGGGGACGUGAACUCCGUGAUCGAGAUCAUGCACAACACGUUGAAUCGGCAAGCAAUGGCUUCGCAGGAGGACUGUGUGGAUGUGCGCCUGCUUGUCCACCAGAGCCAGGCCGGAUGCAUCAUCGGCAAGAGUGGUCUAAAGAUAAAGGAAUUACGAGAGCAAUCCAUCUUGAAGACUCUCAAAGUGUACCAGAUGCUCUGCCCUGAUUCAACCGACCGUAUUGUGCAGUUGGUGGGCAACGUCGCGCACGUGAUUAGCUGCUUACAGGCGAUUUGCGAAUUGCUUGAGGGAGCUCCAGCAAAAGGACCGCGGCAGAAUUACGAUGCUCGCAGUUUCAACGAGGCUCUUGCUGUGGAGUACGGUGGGUGGUGUGGCAUUGGCAUUUCUUCAACAGGCGGCAACUACGGAGCCCAACGCAGCAAUUUUGUUAACAAUACCUGCCCUCAGAGUUCCAUGCUGGCCGCUGGUUUGUUCAGUGGUGGUGGUGCGAACCCUCGGAGUGUGACUCAGGCGGCCGUGGUAAGCCAGGCCAUCGCCUCGGGCAUUCCGCACGCGUCAGCGGCCGCGAUGUUGGCGGCUACGAGCAGUCAGAACCACCCAGGCAAUCCCACGUCGGGUCCGGCGGGCGAUGCCGCAACCGCCGCCGCAAUGAUGGCAGCCGGCAUGAUGCGCGGGGUUCCUGCGACUGUCAGCAUGAAUAUCAUCGCGCCGACGACAACCACCACGCAAGUGUCCAUCAACAACAGGCUGGUUGGUGCCAUAAUGGGACGUGGUGGCAAGCGGCUCAAUCAAGUGCGGUCGGUGUCGGCUGCUGAAAUAAAAGUUAGUCCAUUGGACCCCUGCUCUGAGGAUAGGAUAAUCACGAUAACGGGCACCCCUGAACAGAUACAGAGUGCUCAGUUCUACUUACAACUCUGCGUGAAGCGUUACAACGAGCUGUAUUAA